GGGGGCGGCGGCCGGGCCGAGGCAGCGCGGCGGGAUGGAGCCGGCCGGGGCCCCGCCGCAGGGCUGCGCCCCGGCCCGGGAGGCGGAGGAGCCCCCGGGGUCCCCGGCCCUUCCCGCCGAAGAGCCGCAGGGCGGCCAGCCCGCCGGGCUGCCCCCGGGGGAAGCGGCGCUGCCCGCCGUGGCGGGCCGGGAGCGGGGCCGCCGCGGUGCCGUCCCGCAGGGCCCGGGCGGGCGGGCGGCGCGGGGCAGGGGGCGGCGGGCCCCGGGGCGGCGCGGAGGGGAGGAGGGCGGUCGCGCCGGCCGGCGGCCCCGCGUCACGGUGGACAGCUCCAAGGCCAAGACCUCGCUGGAGGCGCUGAAGAUCAGCCUGAGGCAGCUGCGCUGGAGGGAGUUUCCUUUUGGCAGACGCUUGCCGUGCGAUAUCUAUUGGCAUGGGGUAUCGUUUCAUGAUAAUGAUAUAUUCUCAGGUCAAGUCAACAAGUUUCCAGGCAUGACGGAGAUGGUACGUAAAAUUACACUGAGUCGGGCAGUGCGAACAAUGCAAGAUCUAUUUCCUCUUGAAUAUAACUUCUAUCCUCGAUCCUGGAUUCUGCCAGAAGAAUUUCCCCUCUUUGUGGAUGAGGUUCGUAUGAUGAAAGACAGCGAUCCGUCCUGGAAGCCCACUUUUAUUGUAAAACCUGAUGGAGGGUGCCAGGGAGAUGGAAUCUACCUCAUUAAAGACCCGAGUGACAUCAGACUGACGGGAAGCAUCCAGAGCCGGCCAGCUGUGGUGCAGGAAUAUAUUUGCAAACCACUGCUUGUUGACAAACUGAAAUUUGACAUUCGUCUUUAUGUCUUACUGAAAUCUUUAGAACCCUUAGAAAUUUAUAUAGCCAAAGAUGGACUUUCUAGAUUUUGUACAGAGCCCUAUCAAGAACCCACUCUAAAAAAUUUGCACCAGGUUUUUAUGCACUUAACCAACUAUUCACUAAAUAUCCAUAGUGGGAAUUUCAUCCAUUCUGACAAUGUAAACACUGGCAGCAAGAGGACUUUUUCAAGCAUUCUGUGCAGACUGUCUUCCAGAGGAGCUGAUGUCAAAAAGCUGUGGUCAGAUAUCAUUUCACUGGUGAUUAAAACAAUUAUUGCACUGACACCAGAACUGAAAGUUUACUAUCAGUCUGACAUACCAGCAGGAAAGCCUGGGCCAACUUGCUUCCAGAUUUUAGGGUUUGACAUUCUCCUGAUGAAAAACUUGAAGCCCAUGUUACUAGAAGUAAAUGCAAACCCCAGCAUGAGAAUAGAACACGAGCAAGAGCUUUCUCCUGGAGUAUUCGAAAAUGUCCCAAGCCCCGUUGAUGAAGAAGUGAAAGUAGCUGUUAUCAGAGACACUCUUCGGCUUGUGGAUCCUCAGAAAAAAAAGAGAAAAGAUGUCCAGUGCCAGACCUUGGAGGAGGCGUCGGAGGCCAAGGAGGAGGCGCGGGAGGCGGGCGCGGGGGACGGCGGGGAGCGCGGGGGCAGCCGGAGCCCCGAGGCCGGGCUCCCCUCCCUCUGCCUCAAGCAAGUCUUUCCCAAGUACGCCAGGCAGUUCAGCUACCUGCGCCUCGUCGACAGAGUGGCUGCGCUCUUUAUCCGAUUUCUUGGUGUGAAAGGGACAACGAAGUUGGGGCCAACGGGUUUCCGAACAUUUAUAAGAAACUGCAAACUGAGUAACAGCAAUUUUUCCAUGGCUUCUGUGGAUAUCUUAUAUAUUGAUAUCACAAGAAGGUGGAACAGCAUGGGUAUCGACCACAAAGAAUCAGGAAUGGGUUUGCAAGCCUUUGUCGAAGCUUUCUUCUGCCUGGCUCAGAAAAAAUACAAGUCCCUCCCACUCCACAAGCAAGUGGCCUCGCUGAUUGAUUUUUGUGAGUAUCACCUGGCUGCCCUGGAUGAAAAGCGCCUGGUUUGUGGCCGUGGGAUCGUGGAGCGCCGAAGUGCAGUAGUUCCGAGUCAGACGGAUGGACUUCACCUUACACCAGCUGCACAUACACCCCUCCUGAAUCGCACGGCCGCAGCUAGUAAAUUUGCAGAUUACAGAAAUCAUCGCUAUUAACGGUGCUAAUUCACCGGGACAGAACUGAGAAUGAAUCCUCAGGUACGUACGCGUACUGCAGGAGGAGACAGACUCUUGAAUUCCUUCAUCUAAUAGUCGCAAUUAUUUAUUUCAGCUUUUUAAAUUUACGCUUUUCAAAAAGUCUGCUGCAACUCCCAUUCUCCAGUAACGAUCCUGGCAAUGGCUAUUUAUUUACCUCUCUGUUGGACCUACUGUACACCUCACGUGACAAACUGUGCUUUCGUCCCAAGUGUGUAGAAAACCACGUGUGAAACAAGGACCGGAAUACAGUGGGACAAUAACCGGCGCCACGGGACCGGCUGCGCUGACGGAGAGGCGCGCUCUUAUCAAAGGAAUUACCGUGUGCGCUGGAUGUAUCACGGAAACCAGGCGAGGAGCUGCAGUCCCAAAUACCGGUUCUGAACUAUGGAAAACUGAAACCUGGAAUUACGUUUGUGGUCAGAAUUCAGGCUUUGACCCUCUUCUUUCCAUGGCUUGGACUGUACAUGUUGGAAUCGGUACAGAUUUGGUCAUUGUCCAUGAACUUAUUUUUUAAAGUCGGUCUUAAAACACUGAAAUCAUAUUUUGGCUGCUGGCUUCUUUGUACGUGUCUUUGCCAUGACAAGUACUGUUAAUUUUUUAAAGAAAAACUACAGAUGUUUAUUCUUUUGCUUCCACAGAACCAAUAAGCUGACACUUAUUCACGGAAAAAAAUUACUUCAUUAAGUCAAAUUUGGUGAAUCCUGUGGUGGGUUUGUUGUCAGGUACUAAGCACUGCUUCUGCAAAAAGCUUUGCAGUGUGAAGGCCUAAGAGUUCAUCUAAAUUCCAGUGAAACUGGACUCCUGUCACUGACUUUUAGCUAAACUAAUUGCAUUCUAGCUUUGCUUAUUUUUUGCCUUUCGCAUGUUUGUUACCUUAUUUGGACCUGUAAUAAUAUCUAGAGCAGAUUUGUUUGUCUUUGCACAUAUUCUUCAUUUUUUCCCUUAAAUAACAGUAUAACUCCGUACAAAUUAGAUCUAUAUUAUUUAACAGGGUAUUCUGUCACGAAUGCUGGACUAUACCGCUGCAGUUGUACAGAGUAGUCUUUGUUUUUCCAGACUUCCCUAAUCACACUCCUCUUGCCGGGGCCGAAGCAGAACACGAGACUGGCUGAAAGGACGUGAGAAACUUGGAACUUCGGGGCUGUUCAGUCCAAUUCUUUUCGGUCUCAUAUUUUAUUACAAUAAUGUACGUCUGCAUCUGAA